GUAGAUUUCGGCGAUGGCUUUCGAGAACUCGAUCUGAUGUGUGAGCAUGCCUGUGAGGUUUGUAUUAGACGUGAUCCCACGAAUGAGGCUUCAGAGAUGCGCACCAUUGAUAGCCUCGAAGUACUUCUUGGACUCCUCGUGGAGCUUCUUCGUCUCCUUCUCGAGCUCGGUAAAGCGGCGAUCGGCAUCGAUAUAGAUGGCGUCCUUUGUGAUCUCGCCCUACACAUGCUCUUGUUAGCGCAUGCCUGCGCGUUCGCGGAAGUCGGCGCAUUGCCCAAGCUGCUCUUGUAUAGCGCUCACGGGGUGGACGUACGAUAUUGAAUUUCUGCUUAAACGUUUGUGGCGCCUAUUGAGUCUUAUCAGCCAUAUGUUGCCGCCCAACCGGGCGCGUGAAGAUGUUUGACCGUACCCUGGUCACUCCUUUCGUUAAGCCUUUCCAGCUCAUUGUGGGGUAAUGCGGGUGGGUUUGCUAGGUUCCGAUGCAGAGUAACGCUGUCUUA